AUACAUGUAUAAUACAACCCGAUCCAGAUAAAAAAAACCAGUGCUUCCUCCUUGAGCCGGGUCAAUUCAAUUCCACUCCACUCCGAUCUUGAAUCAUGAUGGAAGCCAAUUCCGGCGGCGGCGGCGGCGGGAAUGACGUAGAGCUACUCUGCAAGACUUUACAAGUGGAGCACAAGCUCUUCUACUUUGAUCUCAAGGAGAAUCCGCGUGGUCGCUAUCUUAAAAUCUCCGAGAAAACCUCCGCUACGAGGUCGACUAUUAUUCUUCCUUUGAACGGCAUCUCAUUCUUUCUUGAUCUCUUUAAUUACUAUGUCGAUUCGGAUCAACACGAUGCUUGUAGCAAAGAGCUUCAGCUUGAUACUAAGGUGUUUUACUUCGAUAUUGGGGAGAAUCGGAGGGGGCGCUUUUUGAAGGUAUCUGAAGCAUCUGUCAGCAGAAACCGGAGUACUAUUAUAGUUCCAGCAGGAAGUACAGGUGAUGAAGGUUGGGUAGCAUUCAGGAAUAUCUUGGGAGAGAUACAUGAGGCUUCCAGGCUUUUCCUCAUGUCCAAGCAGGAGAGUUCUGAGCCAUCAGAGCGGUUAGUUGGGCUGUCAGAUGAUGUCGGGGUGGGAUUUAUAUCUGGCCACAGUUCUCAAGCGGUCUCGGCGUCUGAGUUGAAUGCAGAAAAGUCAAUUGAUCUGCGCUCAGCAGAUGAAACUGGUAACAUGGGAACCUCUAAAGUUAUCAGAGUUGAUCAGAAGAGGUUCUUUUUUGAUCUGGGGAACAACAACCGAGGGCACUUUUUAAGAAUCUCCGAGGUUGCAGGCUCAGAUCGAUCUUCCAUUAUUCUCCCACUUUCAGGGCUGAAACAAUUUCAUGAAAUGGUGGGUCACUUCGUUGAGAUUACCAAAGAUCGAAUUGAAGGAUUGACUGGUGCAAAUGUUAGAACAGUGGAUCCGCCUCAAAGAUAAAUGCCAGGUGACAUAUGGUUUUCUUUGAGUGAAGAAUUAUAUUAAAUAUUUAUUGCUUUCGAGCAGUAUGUAGCAGAUGGAUCAUUUAGGGGGCGGGUGUCAUUGUGAACACAUUUUCAUGGCGAUUUCUGUUUUGUUUUCCAUUUUAGUUUGAAUAAUAGUAUCUCCAGUUAACAAAGCAUAUUUGGAGUUGCAUGUCCAGCUUAAUUUCGAACGAAGAAAGGAAAAAUAAGCAAAAUGUUGUGUAUUUAUUACUGUUAAAUGAAAUGCUACGUAUUUACUACCGUUAAAUGAAAUGCUACGACCUUUGUUUUGGUUCA